ACUAUCAGUCCGCAUCGAGAGCCUCAGCGGAGAGGUUCAGCAACAGAUCAGCGGCGCCUAGAUUAAAGCAUCCCAUUCCCAGCAUAUCAGGAAAAUGCGCAGACAGCAGUCCUACCGAUUCGAGGACAAUGAGUCCACCUCCUACGCCCUGAGGAUGAAUCGUCGCUUUUCGAGAGUGGAGUCCGGGGCGGACCUGAAGGACUAUUUCGAUCGAGGUGACAUCGCCUCCCGGGAGAAUCGCUGGAACUUCGAGGUGGCAUGGGAGGUGGCCAACAAGGUGGGCGGCAUUUACACGGUGAUCCGGUCGAAGGCCUAUGUCUCCACCGAGGAGAUGGGAGAGCAGCUGUGCAUGAUGGGUCCCUACAAGGAGCACUGUGCCCGCACCGAGAUGGAGGAGAUGGAAUUCCCCAGGGGAAAUCCCCUGCUGGAUGCUGUCAACUCCUUGCGCUCGCGAGGCUAUAAAAUCCACACCGGUCGUUGGCUGGUGGACGGAAAUCCCCAACUGAUCCUGUUCGAUAUUGGAUCCGCUGCCUGGAAGUUGGAUCAGUUCAAAUCGGAGAUGUGGGAGAAGUGCCAUAUUGGAAUACCUCAUUUGGAUAUCGAGACGAACGAUGCCAUCAUCCUGGGCUUUAUGAUUGCCGAGUUCCUGGAGGAGUUCCGCAACUUUGCCGUAACUUAUUCGCAAAACAACGAACUGAGUGCCCCGAGGAUUGUCGCCCACUUUCACGAAUGGCAAGCUGGCGUGGGUCUCAUUAUCCUACGAACUCGUCUGGUGGAGAUUGCCACUGUGUUCACCACCCAUGCCACAUUGUUGGGUCGCUACCUGUGCGCCGGCAACACCGAUUUCUACAACAACCUGGACAAGUUCGCCGUGGACGAAGAGGCGGGCAAGCGACAGAUCUACCAUCGCUAUUGCCUGGAGCGAGGUGCCACCCACUUGGCUCACGUGUUCACCACCGUCUCGGAGAUUACGGGCUACGAGGCGGAGCAUCUGCUCAAGCGCAAGCCGGACAUCAUCACGCCGAACGGAUUGAACGUGAAGAAGUUCUCGGCCAUCCACGAGUUCCAGAACUUGCACGCCGUUGCCAAGGAGAAGAUCAACGAAUUCGUGCGGGGUCAUUUCUACGGCCACAUUGACUUUGAUUUGGAUAAGACCUUGUACUUCUUUAUCGCCGGUCGCUACGAGUUCGGAAACAAGGGAGCCGACAUCUUCAUUGAGGCACUGGCUCGCUUGAAUGCGAUGCUGAAGCACGAGAAGCCGGACACCACGGUGGUGGCCUUCCUCAUCUUCCCCACCAAGACCAACAACUUCAACGUGGACUCACUGCGAGGACAUGCCGUGAUCAAGCAGUUGCGCGAUACGAUUAACAAUGUGCAACAGGCCGUGGGCAAGCGGAUGUUCGACACCUGCCUGCAGGGCAACAUCCCCAAUGCCGAUGAUCUCCUCCAGAAGGAUGACCUGGUCAAGAUCAAGCGUUGCAUGUUCGCCAUGCAACGCGAUUCGAUGCCGCCUGUUACCACGCACAAUGUGGCCGAUGACUGGAACGAUCCGGUGCUAUCCUCGAUCCGUCGUUGCCAUCUGUUCAACUCGCGCCACGAUCGCGUCAAGAUGGUCUUCCAUCCGGAGUUCCUCACAUCCACAAACCCUCUGUUUGGAAUCGACUACGAAGAAUUCGUCCGUGGCUGCCACUUGGGUGUCUUCCCCUCAUACUACGAGCCCUGGGGCUACACUCCCGCCGAGUGCACGGUGAUGGGAAUUCCCAGCGUAACCACCAAUCUGUCCGGUUUCGGCUGCUUCAUGGAGGAGCACAUCAGUGAUCCCAAGUCCUACGGUAUCUACAUCGUGGAUCGCCGCUAUAUCGGAUUGGAGAACAGCGUUCAGCAGCUGUCCAGCUUCAUGAUGGAGUUCUCCAGGCUGAACCGUCGCCAGCGCAUCAUCCAGCGUAAUCGCACGGAGCGGUUGAGCGAUCUUCUGGACUGGCGCACCCUGGGCAUUUACUACAGACAGGCCAGGGUUAAGGCCCUGCAGGCUGUUUACCCAGACUAUGUGGAUGAAUUGUCCCUCUAUGGAUCGAAAAACAACUUGAUCUUCUCGCGACCGCACAGCGAACCUCCCAGUCCUACUUCAUCGCGCCACACCACACCAGCUCCAUCGGUUCAUGGUUCGGAUGAUGAGGACUCCGUGGAUGAGGAGACCGAACUCAAGGAAUUGGGCAUUAAGUAGAAUACUUCGCCAACGGAAGGCCCUUAUAAUUGUAGCGAACAAACCAACUAAAAUCAACACACGCGCAAUAUUACCAUAAGUUCCAGUAGUCUUGUUCCACCAAUGUUCAUCGAGAUGGGGUAAAACUUUCGCCCGGAAGCCUUCGAAAUUAUCUACCUGCAAUUGCAAUGCCAGAACAAAAGUUUUCACAUCUAAUCAAAUUAUUACAUUAUGCAUGCCCAGAACGCAAGCGUAAGCAUUCGAGCAGGACGAGUCCAGAUUUUAUUAAACGUUGUUUAGUCUAUAAGGAGAACGAGGUCUCCCCGCCCUGUCACCCUGCUCCAAACCCUGCCUAUCCAAUAAAUCGUUAUUUAAAGAAAUA